AUGAAGCAGAACCGGCGUCUUCAUCAUCAGAAACGAGGCAAAGGGAGAGAUGAUGAAGUGUAUGAUGCUUCUUCUCUCAGCUUGAACAACCUCUCAAAGCUUAUUCUUCCUCCACUUGGUGUUGCAAGCUUCAACCAGAAUCACAUCAUCUCUAGUGGAUGGAUCAUCUCACCCAUGGAUUCAAGAUACAGGUGGUGGGAAUCAUUCAUGGUGCUUUUGGUUGCAUACUCUGCGUGGGUUUACCCUUUUGAAGUUGCGUUUCUGAAUUCCUCACCAAAGAGAAAUCUUUGUAUCGCUGACAACAUCGUAGACUUGUUCUUCGCCGUUGACAUUGUCUUGACGUUUUUCGUUGCUUACAUAGACCAAAGAACACAUCUUCUUGUCCGUGAACCUAAACAGAUUGCAGUGAGGUACCUUUCUACGUGGUUCUUGAUGGAUGUUGCAUCAACUAUACCAUUUGAUGCAAUCGGAUACUUAGUCACUGGCACAGGCAAGUUGAAUCUCACUUGUAAUCUCUUGGGAUUGCUCAGAUUCUGGCGACUCAGACGCGUUAAACACCUAUUCACAAGACUUGAGAAGGACAUAAGGUUCUGCUAUUUCUGGAUUCGCUGCAUUCGACUUCUAUGCGUGACGUUGUUUCUGGUGCAUUGUGCUGGAUGCAUAUAUUACCUACUAGCAGACAGAUAUCCACACGGAAGGACAUGGAUCGACGCAAUCCCUAGUAUCAGAGACAAAAGUCUUUCCAUCAAAUACAUUGCAGCCAUUUAUUGGUCCAUCACAACAAUGACAACUGUUGGAUAUGGAGAUCUCCAUGCGAGCAACACUAUUGAGAUGGUGUUCAUUAUAGUCUACAUGUUAUUCAAUCUCGGCCUCACUGCUUACCUUAUUGGUAACAUGACUAAUUUGGUCGUGGAAGGGACUCGUCGCACCAUGGAAUUUAGGAAUAGCAUUCAAGCAGCGUCGAACUUUGUUAACAGAAACAGAUUGCCUCCUAGAUUGAAAGACCAGAUACUAGCUUACAUGUGUUUGAGGUUUAAGGCAGAGAGCUUGAACCAGCAGCAUCUUAUUGACCAGCUCCCAAAAUCCAUCCACAAGAGCAUUUGUCAACAUCUUUUUCUUCCAUCAGUUGAAAAAGUUUACCUCUUCAAAGGCAUUUCAAGAGAGAUACUUCUUCUCCUGGUUUCCAAAAUGAAGGCUGAGUAUAUACCACCAAGAGAGGAUGUCAUAAUGCAGAACGAGUCCCCCGAUGAUGUUUACAUAAUCGUAUCAGGAGAAGUUGAGAUCAUCGACUCAGAGAUGGAGAGAGAGAGCGUGUUAGGCACGUUAAGAUGUGGAGACAUAUUUGGAGAAGUUGGAGCUCUUUGUUGCAGACCUCAGAGCUACACUUUUCAAACCAAGUCUCUCUCACAGCUUCUCCGGAUCAAAACAUCUUUCCUUAUUGAGACGAUGCAGAUUAAACAACAAGACAAUGCCACAAUGCUUAAGAACUUCUUGCAGCAUCACAAAAAGCUGAGUGAUAUAGACAUUGGUGAUCUUAGGGCACAGCAAAACGGAAGAAACGAUGAUGUUCCACACAACAUUGCCUCGAAUCUUAUCACUGUUGUAGCCACAGGCAAUGCAGCUCUUCUUGAUGAGCUUCUCAAGGCUAAGUUAAACCCUGACAUUGCAGAUUCGAAAGGAAAAACUCCAUUGCAUAUAGCAGCUUCAAGAGGAUAUGAAGAUUGUGUUUUGGUACUCCUAAAGCACGGAUGCAACAUCCACAUAAGAGAUGUGAGUGGUAACACGGCUCUAUGGGAAGCAAUCUCAACGAAGCAUUAUGAGAUAUUCAGAAUCCUGUACCAUUUCGCAGCCAUAUCGGAUCCGCACAUAGCUGGAGAUCUUCUCUGUGCAGCAGUGAAACAGAACAAUGUAGAAGUAAUGAUGGAUCUUCUGAAAGAGGGGAUCAAUGUCGACACAGAAGACCACCAUGGCUUCACGGCUUUGCAAGUCGCUAUGGCGGGGAACCAAAUGGAUAUGGUGAAUCUCUUGAAGAUGAACGGUGCAGAUGUGGUUGGUGUCACGCCAUUGGAGAAGCUGAGAGUUGUGAAAGAAGAAGAAGAAGAUGAAGAACGAGGAAGAGUGAGUAUUUACAGAGGACAUCCAUAUGAGAGGAGAGAAAGGAGUUGCAAUGAAGCUGGGAAGCUUAUUCUUCUUCCUCCUCUACUUGAUGACCUCAAGAAAAUUGCAGGAGAAAAGUUUGGGUUUGAUGGAAGUGAGAUGAUGGUGACGAAUGAAGAUGGAGCUGAGAUUGACAGUAUUGAAGUGAUUAGAGAUAAUGACAAGCUUUACUUUGUGGAAAAUAAAUUAAUUUAG